CGGAAGCGCUCAGAGAGUGGACGCGCUGGAACAGGAAGCAGUUCCACGCGCCGCAAACAGACGUGGCAAAAGAACCGUUGGUUUGAUCCGAUCAACACCGUCGGUUAUUGAUUAUCAUUCAUUUCUUUUAGAUCGAGAUUAUGGCCUCCGGUGCGAGCAAAUGGGAAGUGGUGAAGAAAGGCAAGAAACCGAACAUCAGCAGCAGCUCCGGAGGAAGAACUCAGGAGAAGAAAUCCGGCCGGAAAGCGCUGAGUGAGGCCAACACUGACAGCAACCACGUGAUGUCUGAGACCAUAUUUGACGGCUUUGAGAAGAUGGGGAAGAAGCAGAACAAGGAGCAGGUUCCUCCACUGAUCGAAACCCAGCAGAAGAAACCCAAUGCAGCGAAGCAGACCAAAAAACCCCCCGCCAACAGCAGCGGCAAACCUGUGCGCUACAAGACCCUGGAGGAGGCUGUCAGAGCCCUGGAUGUGUUGGAGCUGAAGCAGCAGCUGGAGAAGAGUCAGAGUCUGUUUCCUGAGAAUCCGUCCGUCUGGGUGAAGGAUCUCGCCGGAUACCUGAACUACAAGCUCCCAGCGCCGGACACGGAGCCCACGCUCAGCAGCUACGCUCACGAUUACCCAUACUGCCUCGCUGGUAAGGAGCUGAGGGCCGUAAUCAGAAACCUGCUGGGCAAAUGUUCAGAGGCGCUGCCCGAGUUCUUCGACCACUGCGUGUUUACGAUGCUGCGAGAGCAGGACCGACAGCCCGGUGAAUCUCUGCAUGGCUAUAGGAUGUGCAUCCAGGCUCUCAUGCAGGACAAGCCCCAGAUCGUCACGCUGAACCUCGCUGACCACCUGGAGCUGCUGCGCUCCCAUCAGAACCGGCCGGUCAAGUGUCUGACCAUCAUGUGGGCUCUGGGACAGGCGGGAUUCUAUGACCUCAGCCAGGGCAUCAGAGUUUGGUUGGGGAUCAUGCUUCCAGUUCUCGGGAUGAAGGCUUUGUCUGCGUAUGCCAUUGCUUAUCUGGAGCGCCUCCUCACUCUUCAUGCCAACCUGACCAAAGGUUUCGGGAUCAUGGGGCCGAAGGAGUUCUUCCCGCUGCUGGACUUUGCUUACAUGCCCAAAAACGCCCUGUCCCAGAGUCUGCAGGAGCAGUUGUGUCGGCUUUACCCGCGGCUCAAGGUCCUGGCGUUCGGAGCCAAACCCGAAUCGACGCUGCACACGUAUUUCCCGUCGUUCCUGUCCCGAGCCACGCCGAACUGCCCUGACGCCAUGAAGAAAGAGCUGCUCCGGAGCCUGACGGAGUGUUUGACGGUGGACGGACAGAGUUUGAGCGUCUGGAGGCAGUUAUACACCAAACACCUGCCGCAGUCCUGUCUUCUGUUGAAUCACCUGCUGAAGUCGUGGAACACACUUCCACCAAAGUUGCAGAAAAACCUUCAGGACACCAUUCAGUCGUUCAGAGUGACCAAUGACGAGCUGCAGAGCAGCACAAACACACAGCACAUCAGCGACUGCAACUCGCUCUGCCACUCUCUGCAGCAGAAGAUGCGCGGUCGGGGCUUCCCGUGGUGGCGCAUGCUGAUGAUGUCACUGGUGUUCGUGGCGGGCUUCGUCGCGCAUGACGUGCGGUCGCAGGGGUCGUUCGCCAGCUCCACCACAGCGCUGUGCCUGAAGAGGUCAGGGGUCACGGCCGUAUCCCAGCAGGCCUGGAGUAAAGCGUCACACUGCGGCCAGCAGGGCGUCAGCUGGCUGGCGGAGAACACGCCGCACUAUUACUCGCGCGUGCUGGAGACGACUGCGCCGCUGCUGGAGGACGCUCGCGAGCGGAUGAAGGUCACCGCGCUCUUCCUCGCUCAGAGGAGCGCAGAGCUCUGGCUGUGGCUGCAGGAGAACGUGCCGCUGCUCAUCCAAUGGGUCCAGGCGCACACUCCGCAGAGCGUGUUUGAGCUGCUGGAGUAUGUGAAGCAGCUGCUGCUGUAUGUCCAGGAGCGUGUGCUCGUCCCGUCGCUGCAGUAUCUGAGCGCAGCGCUGCAGAGCGUCUGGAGGAGCCUGCAAGAGUCCUGCGACGGCGAGGUGUCACUGCACUGCGUCCAGAAGCACCUGAGAUCCUUCACCAACAGCACCUGGAUUUACCUGCAGGACGCCACGUCUGCUGCCAAGAGCCGAGCGCAGGAGCUGCUGUCGCGAGCGUGAUGCAAACAGACCCUUUCUCUCUUUCUUUGCUUUAUUUUGUCAGUUUGCAUGAUUUUAUAUCUGUUGUGCUGACAGGUCUGUCUUUUAUGCAGAUGUUUUUCACGGUGUUCUUAGCUCUGUGUGGAUCACUAAUGACUACUGCUGCUGGCUGAGCUCUGUACUUGAACACUGAACAUUAUUAAUGUGACUGAGCGCAUGGAUGAUUUACUGUCCGUCAUCAAACCCCACCUGGACGCCAGAAUAAGAAGGGUUGCUAUGGAAACCACAUUGUUGAAGCACAAUGUAUCGUUUGAAGCAGGCGUGUGGCCUGUAAGAUGAGCUGAUUUGUUACUUUCUUUGUACAUGAUUUAUAAAUAAAUAAACCAAUGCUGUUCAGUCCUG